AUGGAGUUCCCUGCAGCUUCUGCCCACAGAGAACAUAUCCCCUGGCUGAGGCUCCUACUGGCUGUCUUCCUCUUAACCUUCUGGAUCCCGGCCACCUCUGCGCGAUUUGCUAUUGCCUCAACUAGUGCUGUAGAAGGGCAGGAUGUGAUUCUACAUCUCCGCAAUACACCUCCGAAUGUUAAAGGCUUUAUUUGGUACAGGGGAAUAGAAACGAAGUACUAUAAUUUAAUUGGGACUCUUGCAUGGCAGUUUAGUCGAUAUCUAACAGGUCCCGAAUACAGUGGACGAGAGAAAAUAAACCUUGAUGGAUCCCUGAUCAUAAGAAACGUCACUGUGCAGGACCUAGGAAUUUACGUCGUAGCAGCCGUCCUUCCAAAGUCACGAAGAGUAAUAGGAUUUGGACGGCUCAAUGUAUACCGGCCACUAAGUGUCCCCACACUCCUAGCCAGCAACACCACAGUCACAGAGAAUGAGGAUUCUGUGGUCAUGACUUGCCACACAGAUGAGAGCUCCAUCAACUGGUUAUUCAAUGCUAUGAGUCUGCGGCUCAGGGAGAGGAUGAAGCUAUCUGAAGACCACAGAACCCUUACCAUAGAACCUGUCAUGAGAGAGGAUGCUGGGAACUACCAGUGUAAAGUCUCGAACCCUGUCAGCGCCACUGAAAGGUAUUACAGUGUAUAUCUAACAGGUACCGAAUACAGUGGUCGAGUGGAAAUAAACCUUGAUGGAUCCCUGGUCAUAAGAAAUGUCAAUGUGUGGGAUCGAGGUAUCUACAUGGUAGUAGCCAUACUUCCAAAUUCACGAAAAGAAAUAGGAUUUGGAUGGCUCAAAGUAUACCCUAUACUAGGAUGUCGAUCUGCAUUUCAACAUUUGGUACUGAAUGAGUCACCAAAAGUCAUCGGAACUCAAGUAUUCCUCUUAUCCUUCUGGAUCCCGCCCACCACUGCGCGAUUUGAGAUUGUCAUGACCAGUGCUCUUGAAGGGCAAGAUGUGAUUCUACGUACCAAAAAUAGGCCUCCAGGUGUUUCAGGCUUUGUUUGGUAUAGGGGAAUAGAGAUGAACUACUAUACUCUUAUUGCAUCUCUUGCAUUGCAUUCAAGGCGAUCUCUAAGAGGGCCCGAAUACAGUGGUCGAGAGACAGUAAACCUUGAUGGAUCCCUGACCAUAAGAAAAGUCAAUGUGUGGGACCUAGGAAUCUACAUCGUAGUAGCCGUCCUUCAUAAUUCACAAAAAGAAAUUGGAUUUGGACGGCUCAAUGUAUACCGGCCAGUGAGUGUGCCCAUACUCCUAGCCAGCAACACCACAGUCACAGAGAAUGAGGAUGCUGUGGUCAUGACCUGCUACACAGAUGAGAGCUCCACCAACUGGUUAUUCAAUGCUACGCGUCUGCGGCUCAGAGAGAGAAUGAAGCUGUCCCAGGACCACAGAACCCUCACCAUAGACCCUGUCAGGAGAGAGGAUGCUGGGAACUACCAGUGUAAAGUCUCCAACCCCGUCAGCUCCACUGAAAGUGCACCUGUAGAGUUAUAUGUCAAGUACUAG